UUUCCGUCCUACAGCACACCCAAGUCAGAUCCCGCUGUCGUGUUCGCUUUCGCUUUCCGAGGAAUCAAAAACAAACAAACAAACAAUGCUUCUUCUGCUAUCAAACAACUCCUCACAGCUGUGACCUGUUUCACCUUCGCAUAUAGAGAACAACAACAACAACAACUCUCGUUCUUCUUCUUCUUCUUCUUCUUGUUGAUUCUGGACGAUUUUGGAAGCUUCUAGUUCCCUCCCUCGUGUUGCUGGUUGAUGGGGAUCUGGUUUUCUUCAACUCCUUCACCGGAGUCGGCAUCCAAAUCGAGUUUAGGCGAAUUGCCGGAGUGCUGUGUGGCGGUGAUGAUGGGUUACAUGGAUCCGCCGCAGAUUUGCAAGCUCGCCCUCAUGAAUCGCACUUUCCGCGGCGCUUCAAUGGCGGAUUUUGUCUGGGAAUCCAAACUUCCGCCAAAUUACCACCUUCUCCUCCGCCAAAUCUUCGACGAUUUUCCCUCCGAUUUGGGGAUGAGAGGGAUUUAUGCGCGCCUUUGCAGGGUCAAUACUUUCGAUGAAGGCACCAAGAAGGUUUGGUUGGAUAGAAGCAUGGGGAAGCUGUGUAUGUCUAUAUCUGCAAAGGGGUUAUCCAUAACGGGGAUUGAUGAUCGGAGAUAUUGGAACCAUAUCCCCACUGAAGAAUCUAGAUUCAGCUCUGUUGCAUACCUCCAGCAAAUCUGGUGGUUUGAAGUGGAUGGAGAAGUUGAGUUCCCAUUUCCACCUGGGACAUACAGCUUGUUCUUCAGACUACAUCUAGGGCGAGCCUCCAAGAGGUUCGGCCGACGUGUCUGCAACACAGAACAUGUUCAUGGCUGGGAUGUAAAACCUGCGCGGUUCCAGCUCUGGACUUCAGAUGGACAGUACGUUACAUCUCAGUGUUUUCUGAAAGGACCAGGCAAGUGGCGCUAUUACCAUGCCGGAGAUUUUGUGGUUGAGGAUGGCAAUGCGUCAACAAAAAUCAAAUUCUCCAUGACUCAGAUUGAUUGCACACACACUAAAGGUGGUCUCUGUUUAGAUUCUGUGCUGGUGUAUCCAAGUGAAUUCAGAAAGGUUAAAGCAUUUUUGAACAACUCUUGACCUUUUUUGUGGUAAUAAUUAUACUGUAAUAGUAUUUAAUAUGUAUAGAGCUUAGGAGUGCCAGGAGGAAUAGAGAAUCAAGUUUUUAAUAUGGUUCUUUUAGGUUUAGAAUAUUGUAGGAGCCAGAAUGCGAUUGAUGUAUAUAUGUUCAUUAUCUUUUAUGUGUAACUGGUCUGGAAUGUUCUAUCUUAAUCUUGGACUGUGAGGAUUGUUGAAUACGUGUGGCACGUGGAGUCACUAUCUUAAUAUUGGAUUAGGUUAGAAGGAGUACUUUAUUCGUUUAUGGGACAAAGUGGAUUUUUUAUUUGCUCUAUAUGGAUAUGAAUUGGCCACUUGGUAUUCCUUUUUA